CCGGCGAGCCUCGCUUCGAAGGGCGAUGGCCACGUUCUUUGGCGAGGUGGUGACCGCCCCGUCCCGCGCUGGGGUGGACGACGAGGAGGAGGAGGAGGCGGCCGCAGAACGCGAGGAAGCGCCGGAAGAUCGCGAGAUUCGCCGGGCGCUCGAGAAGAAAAGGGAAGUUCACAUUGUCUGGAAUGCGACAUCUAACGCAUCUAUAGAUGAGCAGUUUCCUUGUUCCAAGUUCAUAUUGGGUGUAGGGCAGAAUGCAGCAGCGUUCUUUACUUCCUUUGUUUUGAAUUCUGGAUGCUGGGAAGUAGCUGGAUCUGUCAAAUUGUGGAAUGAGUGGUGCAGAACUUUAAACACAACCAACGUUCUUCCAACAGAUUCAUUCUGUUUGUUUUAUCGGUUGCUUUCAGAUCCCACAGUUUUGUUGUGCCAGUGCAAUUGUUAUGUGGCUGAGGACCAACAGUUUCAGUGGCUUGGAAAGGUUUUUGGAUGCAUGCAGAAGACUGAUUUGCAAGUAUUUGUUCUUUCAUCAUGUUCCAUCACCGAUUAUAAAACUACUGAAUCGACUCUAACACUCCCUUCUCCUUUACUGAAAGCAUUAAAGACAAAAGAGUUCAAAGAUAAAGUCUUUUGCUCGCUGCUAGAACAGCCAAAUAUUGUACGGGACCUCCCUGCAGCAGUUCUCAGUUACUGCCAAGUAUGGCAAAUCCCUGCAGUGUUGUAUCAGUGUUAUUCUGAUACCCUCAAACUGGAUUUGGUGACAAUUGACGCUUUCAAGGCUGUGCUGUCUUCGAAAAUCCUGAAGAGUUUGGUUAAGGACUCAACAAGAAGUGCAGAAAUACUGACAAAAUUGGUUACGACUAAUGAAAUUGAUAGCAUCUACACUUAAACUGGGGAAUCAUUACUGACGGAUGCUUCCAAGCUUUGGAAUGUGUAAGCUGCAGCCGCUCUGCUGGGAAGCCUUUGGAAGUUGUGGUUGUUUCUUUAGAAGCGGAACCUGUGCUGACUAUUGUGGGGUGGGCUUCUGCUGACUAAAAUGAAUUAAAAUGUGACAUUUUUAUUUUCUACAAAUAAAAGUUUGGGACUUUCCCCUCCCCCCCC